CAUUAUUUUUUUUAUAUCUAGUGAUAAAAAUUACGACGUAGCCUAUUCUGUUCCUAUCUGAAUGUUUGAAAAACGGAAACAGAAGAUUUGAAUCGUCUGUCUCAUUGAUAUUGUGACAAGAACCACAGUGGAUUUACAGCAGUCUGCCUUUGCUGAUAACUGAUGGAUUUCUCUUCCUGAUUAGGCUAUAUUUUAUGUUAACUCUGUAUGUUUUGCUACAGUCUGGCUAUAGCCUAUUAUUUGAAUGUGUUAUCACAGAUACGAAUCACUGCACCGUUGCACUGAGAUGAUACCCCGUUUUUGUUUUGGGUGCAACGACAACUUCACUACAAGACGAGACUAAUCUAUUUAUUUUGAAGAUUAGACUACUAUUUUAAAACAUUGAAGAAAACGAAUUUACUAUUUUACAGUUAAAUAAUUAUUUAAAUCAAUUGAGUAAUGAAUGGAUUAUUGAUUUCUCCAACUUGCUGAAAAAAAGACACUUAUUUGCCAGAACAAUCCGAAAAUACUUCCUUCUCCAGAAGGCUAAACUUAGCAGAACAUCUUUGUGAUGUUGGACGUGAAAAUGAAGGAAGUGUGUCGGAUCUGUGCUCGUGAACUCUGCGGUAACCAACGGCGGUGGAUCUUUCACCCAGCCUCCAAACUCAAUCUGCAGGUGCUGCUGUCUCAUGUUCUGGGCAGAGAGCUGACCCGCGACGGCAGGGGGGAGUUUGCCUGCUCCAAGUGUGCCUUCAUGCUGGACCGCAUGUACCGAUUCGACACGGUGAUCGCGCGCGUGGAGGCCCUAUCCCUGGAACGCAUGCACAAGCUGCUGCUGGAGAAGGACCGACUGAGACAGUGUAUAGGAGGCCUUUAUCGAAAGAACAACUUGGAGCUCCAAGCCCAGGAUGAGGCUGUCAUGGAGAUGGAGAUCAGGGCUACUGGGACCAGGGGGACAGAGGGAGGAGGGCAGGCUGAGGUUGACUCAUCCGUGAUGGACCUCUCCUCCCUGACGGAAGCCAGGUACAGUGCUUUGCUCCAGAACGACCUGGCCUACUCUGUGCACGAGUGCUGGGCAGACAAAAAGGACGAGCAGAACUCUGCUCCAGAGGCCCAACGCCAGCAUCAUCACCCCCAGUGCCCAGGGUUGGAGGCUCUGUCGGGGCAGCGACCCAGGCGUUGCAGGGGCUGUGCGGCUCUGCGUGUGGCCGACUCCGACUACGAGGCUGUGUGUAAGGUACCUCGGCGGGUAGGCAGGAGGAGCACUUCGUGCGGACCCUAUACCCGCUACGCAGGCGGUGCUGCAGGGGGCGAGGAGACCUCCACCGCGUCCACCCACACCCCCCCCCAGGCCCCAGGCAUGGACACGGAGAGUGACCGGACCCUUUGCGAUGCGGAUCCGGAGAGUAUGACCCUCAGCCCAGGCUCGUCGGCCGAAUCUCUGGACACAACCGUGGACGCGGCUCGACCUUGCGACACGCACCGAGCGGAGGAAGAGGAGAAGGAGCGAGAGGAAGGAGAGAAGGCCCAAGGAGGCUCAGCUGCCGGCCUGACCCUGGAGCUGGCUCUAAGCCUAAUGAGAAACUGGGAGUACAAACCUCUCAAGUCCCCUCAAGGCAGCAAGCUCCCGGUUCUGAUAAAACCCAAACUGGAAACAAGCCCCUCGGGUCUACCUCGGUCCCUCCAGACCCCAGACUAUGAGCUCUACUCCCACCCUACCAUCUCAGAGCUGUUGACCCCUGGCAGUCAGCAUGAGCUGCACACAGAACUGUCCGAGAUGGAGGAGCAGUGGCUGGAUGACUAUGUCCAGUGCGGGCCAUUCCGCUUCCAGCAGAAGCUGCUGGAUGAGCAGCAGAACCAGCUGUCCCAGUAUGAGAGUGCUGCGGGUCAGUGUGUUACAAAGCUCCAGAAGGCCCAGCUCCAGGUGCACACUUUACAGGCCAAGAUCAGAGAGAGCGAGGCCAUGAACCAGAACCUGCAGGUGCGUAUGGGGGACAUGGAAUGCGAGCUGCUCCUGGUCAGAGAGGAGGCCCAGAGACUGGAACGAAACAUUCUCAACCUCACUGACACAGUCAACAGCAAGCAGACUGAGGCAGGAGAGUUGUACCAGGUGAUAGAAGAGCAGAACAACAUGCUGUGUUCUCUCAAAGAGCUGGCCGACCGACACCAGCUCCAGACGUCACAGGUCUCGGGUGUAGAGAUGGGACGAGUGCAGGGGCAGGUCCUGGCUCUCCAGGGCUCUCUCUUCCAGGCGCAGCUGGAGCUGCAGGCAGGUAGGAGGGCCCAGGUUCAGGCUACCAAAAGGGAGGAAGACCUGGCCCGAGCCCUGACACGCCUAGAGGCAGACUUUCAACGAGCCGCGGAGCACCGACACAGCACUGAGCAACAUAACCAGGACUUGCAUCUCGCGCUGGAGAACGCUCGCUCAGAGCUGCAGCAGGUAGAAGAACAACUUAGUGAGAUGGAUGGAGAGAGACAGAAAGAGAAGGAGGAGAUGGGGAGCACCAUCCAAGAGCUACGGACGUCGCUUCAGGGCAAAGAGCAGCUGGUGCAGGAGUACUCUAAGUUGUUGGGCCAACAACACGAGCCAGGAGAGAAGAGAGACUCCCUGCUGGCCAAACUGAGGGAGCGCAUCAAGGAGAGAGACCGAGCGCUGGAGCGGGCGGUGGACGACAAGUUCCGCCGCGUGGAGGAGAAGGAGGGCGAAACGCGGCGUCUGCAGCUGCUGCUCCGGGACAAAGAGAGAGACCUGGAGAGGCAACGGUGUGUGCUGUCAAACAACCAGGAGACCAUCACGAGUCUGGAACUGCUGCUCCGUGGGAAGGGGCUGGAGUUGCAGCAGGUGUCCGAGGCUUGGACGAGUUUACAGCGCCACCAUGAGGAAAGCCAGGAGAGACACAUCCGUAGCCUGAGAGAGAGAGACGCGCUCAUCAGCCAGCUGCAGAAUGCCCUACGUGCACGGACCAAGGAGGCUGAGGACCUGACUGAAGCCCUGCUCAGUAAGGUGAAGCCAGGUCCCAGUGAGAUGGUGGAGGAGCUGAAGGCCCGCCUCUCUCUGAAGGAGAAACUGUUCCAGGAACUGCUGUCUGACCACGGCCGGCUAGUCCAGGAGCACCACUCCCAGGUCCAGGAGCUGCUCGACACCAUCGCAGCAAGAGACCGGUACAUCAAGGACUCGGCAGGUCGUCUGGGUAUGGUGAUGACUGAGCAGACUGGACGUCUCCAGGAGCUACGCAGACAGUUAACCUCACGCUCCCGGACCUACGUGUCCCAGCUAGGUGUCCGUGGUCCAGACCCCCAGGAGACCGGCCCAGACCUCCAGGAGACCAGCCCAGACCUCCAGGCCUUGCAGGAGGAGCUGCGUCUGGCCCUGAUGAGGGAGAGGGAGGCUCAGGCUGAGCUCACAGCCCUCAGGACCCAGGGCACAGCCCAACCAGUCGAGAGGCAGGCAGAGUUUCGAGAAUUCUCCUCAGAUGAAGAGGAUGAUGAUGUUAACAGCGAAUAUGCAGACAGCAUGGAGGUAGAGGAAUCGAAGGUGACAGCUCUAACCUUAAAUACCAUGCAGAAGUCAGAGCGUUGUGGAGCACCUGGGAAUGGGAAAUCCUCCCUGGACACUGUGGGAGUCGAAGGAGGCCAGGCCCAGGGGCUGGUGGAGGUGAAACACCUGGUGCACCAGAAGAUGGUGGUGGAGAGGGAGCUGCAGGAACUCAAGGCUCAGCUGAUGAAGGCUGGCUUCUCCUCGCUCUCCCAGAUGAGGAAAGCUCUCUACAGCCUACACAAUGAGAACGAGGAGCUGAAGUCUCACCAGGCAGCCAGACCGCCAGAGACCGACCACAGGGAUGAGCAGAGACUCACUGAAGAAGACGACGAUGACGAAGAGUUGGAUGUCGAGGAGGAGGAAGAGGAGCUAUGCGGGGAUGAUUUGUGGGAGGGCUGGGAGGAUGAGCGUCUUUCCCAGGAAGAGCACAAUAACCCCGGGCCCACCCUAAGAGAUCCUGGCCUGGGGAAGAGAGACUACGCUAGGCCUGUCUCUCUGGACCUGGGAGCCCUGUUAUCCCUCUCCACACAGGAUAAUGAGGAGAAGGAAGGAGGAGGGGAGGCUGGUGUAAGCAAACAGAGCCCCACGGAGACAGUGAUGGUUGAGAAGGCUGUGCGUCUACAGCUGGAGAGCAAGGAGCUGCAGGAGAGACUCAUGGUGUCUGAGGCCACGGUACAAGCUCAGGCUGAACAGCUCAAAGACUACAGAGACCUGCUGACGGAGACCUCCGUGCAGCACGACAGUAAGCAGGUGCAGGUGGAUCUACAAGAUAUGGGCUAUGAGACGUGUGGUCGUAGUGAGAACGAGGCUGAGAGGGAGGAGACCAGCAGCCCGGAGUUCGACGAUCUGGAAAUGUGCACGUCCUUGGAGUGCGGUGGCUCCCAGUGGUGGCCUGUCGCCGUGCGUCCCGAGGAGCCCGGUCCUCCGGCACCGACCUCGGAGGCGGCUGACAUCGCCUCCCUCCAACAAUUGGUCGAGGACCUUCGCUCGCAGCUCUCCCACUCCCAGACGGUGAUCCGGAGCCUCCAAGGCCGCCUGCGCUCCCUCUCCACCUCCAGCGACCCCUUUGGCCCCUCCAACGGCCUUUCCAAUCCCCGCAAAGUCAAUUGGAGCUUCCAGUUCCAGGCCUCGCCCUCUCAGAGCAGCCCGGAGGAUGACGAGGGCUGGGAGUCCUCCGGCGGGGGACUGGGACCAUCCCUGCGGCAACCCAAACCUGACAAGGACCUCCAGGAGCUGGAGUCCCGUAUUGGCGCCAUCGAGGACCAACUGAGGAAGGACAAAGGGACCCCAGUAGGGACCCCAGUAGGGACCCCGGGGCAUCAGGAGGAGGGCAGGGCUGUCACCUGGCCUGGGCCGGGUAAGUUUGACACCCUGAUUCAGGCCCAGGCUCGUGAGCUGUCCCACCUGCGCCAGAGGAUGCGUGAGGGGCUCGGUGUGUGCCACAUCCUGACCCAGCAUCUGGGUGACACCACCAAAGCCUUUGAGGAGCUGUUGCGUGCCAACGACAUUGACUACUACAUGGGCCAGAGUUUCAGAGAACAGCUGGCCCAGAGCAGCUCGCUGGCACAGAGAGCCAGCAUUAAAAUCAGCGGACGGGAUCAUCCAGAGAUACCUGAUGACAAGACUGGCACAGAGCUGCUCGCCAUACGGCUGAGUAAGGAGCUCCAACAGAAGGAUAAGACCAUCGAGGCACUCCGUGCCAAACUCAAUCUAAACCAGCCACGUUUUGACACACCCUGCAGUAGCCACGCCCUCUCCGACACCACUGACCAAUCGGACCGCAUUUCCUUUGUGUCUGACGAGCAUGCCUCCACCAAUGAGGACCUGGAGCUAUGCUCUGAAAUGGAUGCAGCCAGCGAGUAUGGGCAGGAGGACAGACAAACCUCCAGUAGAGCUAGUACAGGUUCUCACUGUAGCAGUGUCCUCACAUCACUCCAACCAUCCGUUCCUCCAUCCGUCACGCCAUCCCACGCACAACAGUCCUCUGUCAGCUGUCCCAGCAUGCAGCGGUCAGGGGACACACAGGGACAGACAGGAAUCCAUGGUGGGCAGGUGUCUGGUUCCUUUCCCGCUUUUCCCCAGCCCCAUCCCCAGUCCCUUUACCACCCAAAACUCUCCUCUCUAAGAGCCCCCUUGCCAUUUCACCCACACAUGCUGAGGCCCCGUUACCAUGGCAGCGAGCCCGGGGGUUUCUCCCUGGCGGAGGUUCACCAGGAGCUGCAGAUGUUACAGAGGAAGUUGGAAGAUCAUGAGCGUUUCGCAGUUCCACCAGCCAAGACGUUUGGAGGCUUUCCUGCGUCGGCCCACUGCCAUCCCCAGACGUCCUCCGGUUACCCUCCUCAGGCUCUGUCCUACCACACCUCCCAUCCCUCUCCUCUCAAGGGUCCCAACACUGACCAUGUUAGCCUCAGUGCUAAUCCUGCCUCGAUGACGGGUGCUAGUCUACUGGAGAGCGGGGCAUUGUGGGACAUGGGCUACGGGACUCGUCUGGCGAGAAUUGGCGCUGCUGACCUUUCGUCCGGGUCGUCAGGUUACCAGUCUGGCACGAGUCACACAGAAUGUGGUCAGCAUUUGGAUGUGCGUUUCGGGGUAGGUUCUGACUUGAUGAAGGAGCACCUGCGUGAGAUCCGGAGUCUACGGCAACGCCUGGAAGAUUCCAUCCAGACUAACGAGCGCCUCAGACAGCAGCUGGAGGAAAAGCUGGCCAUCCCGGCCAGAGAGAAAUGUGCUCCUACCAACAUUUACAUCCAGGGCUUGGACUCUGUCAACCAGCUGUCCAGUGAAAUCAGAGUUCUGAAAGAGGAGAACCUCAACCUACAGGCCAGACUCCAGCAGGCCAGCAGAGAGGGCAGUAAAGAGGUAGCGCAGCUGCGGGAGGCGGCACUGUUGGGGCGUGCCCGGGUGAAAGAGGCGGAGUUAGAGACCGAGCAGUGGGCAGAGCAGGUCAGGAGGCUGCAGACACAAACUCAGGCUCAGACCCUAGAGAUCAGCCAACUGAGACAGGACAAACAGAGCCACCAGGAGGCCGUCAACAGGUUGCAGCAUGAGGUGAAAGUAUUGCAGCAACAGUUGUGUGAGAGCCGCGUCCUGGUCCACUCUCUACAGUAUGAGCUCCAGAUGUACCGCGGAGACCGCCACGUCCCCAAGACAACACGCGCAGAUGUAGGGUCACACCCAGCGGAAUCUGCGCCGUUCCACCCCAGGGACCUGCAUGUUCAGCUGGAACAGCAGUUGACCUCCGGGACACGUCCUCCUGCAGCCAGGAAACAGCUCUUUGACAACGCCGCUCUCUCUCCCCCUGUCAGAGACACUGGACUCUUCAGCCCCCCUUCUCCUCACUCCCCCACCCUGAAACCCCAGGAGGUUGACUCUUCUCCCAGGGGCCAGGCUCCCGACGGCUCCUUUGCGAACCGCAAUGGCUGCCACGUUGUGGGGCACAUUGAUGACUUCAGAGCCUUACAGCAGCAGAUCCUGGAGGGACGCAUCCACGUUGGCAAAAUGGAGACUACCCUCCAGGCCACGGUCAAUUGUCCCCUGCUGGAGCUCAGCCAGGACAAGGCCGGGAACCCAGGCAGCGUGAGGAGUCUUCUGACUAGCACUAAGACCCUGUGGCAGAUCCUGGAGGAGGCAAGCUCCCUGCUCAGAAUGUUCUGGAGGGCAGCACUCCCGAUUAAUGAGGGGGGGUCCCCACGGAGCACCAAGAAGGAGCUGUCUUUAAAGGAGGAGGUCCACACACUGCGUCGGCGAGUCUCAGAGCAGGAGGAGGCCCUGAGGGACGCCAUGGAGACACUGAAGAGCUCCAACCGCACCAAAGACAGCAUGGAACAUUUUAUCGUCAGCCAAUUGUCAAGAACAAAGGACGUCUUGAAGAAAGCACGAACAAACUUAGAGGAGAAUGAUGACAGAUUGUCCUCCCUUGGCAUCACUCCUACCCCCCCCCUCCUCUUCCUCCUCCUCUUCCUCCUACCCCUGGUUGGUGAAAACCCGAGAUUCAACUGUGACCUCAUCCGGGCUGCUGGUUGUGGUGUCAUGAAGCUCCAGACCCCCACUGUCCCAUGGCCUGAUACCCAGGGUCUGACCCAAGGGAGUUAACAGACUGUGUCCCUUAUAUGAUGCACAAGCUCCAGCUUCUUCCAACACUAGGAGACAAACCAGUGUAAACCAUUUUAGGAAACAAACCCAGAACUCCCAUCAGUUGAAGGGAGACUGACCCUGUAGGUUUAAUUGGGUGCACUCCAACUGCAACCAUGGUUUAUGAGUGCUAAUGUAAGGUGUUAUGCACAGAUUGUGUUUGUGCUACAAUGUUUCCACUACUGAAGUGUUUCCUCUAUUUUACCAGAGAAAGUGUAAGUACUGUAUGUUAUGAGCUUUAAAUUACACCCUUCAGGGAACCUAGGACAGUCAGAUUUUAGAAAACCAGGAGAAGGGGCUUUAAAGAAAAUUCUAACAAGACAAAAGCGCUUCCUUAUAGCUUUGAACGAGCCUCGUUUGUGUUCAUGUAUAAAGUAGUUAGUUGCAUGUUGUUUGAGGGACAAAAGCCAUAUUUAUAGCAGUUAGACACUUUGUUUCCUGCUUCCUGAGAUACUUCUGCUAUUUAUAUGAUGUGUGACUGAUGAUUCAACACUGCCCAGAUAUGGAUGUGUUGACCCUAGGACUAUUUUCCUGCUAUGUCAGUACUUGCUACCAUUCUAACGAUGUAAAGGUUAUUCCCAACAUGAUACCUGCACAAGGAUGCUACAGUUUUAAGAACCUUCUUUAGUCUUUGGGUCUGAGACCUAAAGCCAGGUAUACUGAAGCCAGUGCAAUACAUGGAACUAGCACCUGCUGAUAUAUUGGAAAAUCUUAAGAAUAUGUUAAGUGACUGGCACAUCUAGUGCUAUGUCCAAAAAUAAUUGUUAUUCUGUCAUUUGUUCCCCUUUUAUUUUAAACAUAAAUUCUGUAAAAGUGAAUGGACCACGUGUUAACCUUUUAAUCAUGAUGGGAUAAAGUUGAACGAUUAGCUAUAACAUAAUGAUCACUGACAGGUGAAGUGAAUAACACUGAUAAUCUCAUGAUCAUGGCACCUGUCAGUGGGUGGGUUAUAUUAGACAUUCUGUCCUCAAAGUUGAUGUGUU